AUGAAGCAUCAUAUAUGGAAGGCUGUGAUAACAGGUUUCAUCUGUCUUUCGUUCUCAUUGCAUGAUCAUGUAGCAGCUAGAAACGUCGAUACCAGUAUGAUCACACGAAUGAUGGCAACUACCUACGCAACGCCUUCAGAAUAUGCAAUUACCGAUCAAAAGAAUAACAAUCCAGAGUUGGCCAUUGGUCCAAGUUUGAGCGACGAUAACAAGCCAUCCAAUUGCUGCCAGAACGCAGGAUGGAUAUCUGAGGAUGAAAAAUUAUUUGUAGAAGAGGUAGGGUGGAUUGCAGUUUCGGGGGCCGAGCGGGAUUUCGGAGGAAAACAUUCAUAA